CUCUAUAUAGCUCGUGUUUGUCAGGUCUAACUACAUUUCCCAUGAUUCCCCUCUGCGUCUGAACGUAGCGGACGCACAUUCUAGAACCUUGACGACUCUUCCAGCGUUUCUGUUUUUUUCCCCACCUGCUAAUGGGAAUUUAAAAAAGAAUAACCCUGAAGUGUGCGGAGAAGAGCUAGCUAAACACGCGACAGCAACACAAAUCGACGAGGGGGCAGGGCAUGUUUACAGAUCGGCCCUUUUUGUGAUCUUCAUGCUCAGCCUCUCCCCUCGGACAGUGAGCUGGGGUAUCUGCCUGCCAUGUUUUCAUUUUCAGGCCCCACCAGUCUACCUGAAUUUGACUUUGGACCCCCACAUUCCUCUGACAGCCUUCACAGACACAUCAACUCAGAGAGCAGCUGGGAAACCAGACGCCUUAGGAAGCAUCGGAGACUAGAUGAUGAGGGUUGCAGUGCCAAAAAGCGGAGGCUAAUGCCCGAGACAGAUGUGGACAUUUUGGAGAACAAUUGUUCUGCCUUGUCUGCACAACAAGUUGCUGUUUCUCCUGCGCAGCCAUGCUCAGCUCUUCAGACCAUCUCUAUGCCUCAGCCCUCUUCCGUCCGGCCCCAACCUGAGAUGGAGAGCUCCUGCAUGGAGAUCGAAGCAGCUCACAGGAAUCUGCAGGAAAUUGAAGACCGAAUAAUCCUUGAAGACGACGAUGAGGAUCUUGACUUGGAGCCGGCGCCAAGACGGCCGGUCCUGGUGAUCUCAGACAGUUUAAAGGAAGGUCUCCAGCGGGGCCUCAGCGAUAUUCUCCCACAAACAGUGGCCCAGUCUGUGAGUCCUUCAGGCAUGGAGCUGGUCCUGUGGCGUCCUCCAGAAGAUCCUUUCUGUCAGAGGUUAAAGGACUCGUUACAGAAACAGCGUAAACAGACAGUUUCCCGGCAAAUACCAACUCCCUGUACGUCUCCCACGCCUCCCCUCAGCCCCUCCAGUCCGCCUGCAGAGACAUGCUCCCCCAUGCACAGCUUCCCUGUGCUGCAGAGCUCAGCUGAAGAAGACAUGGAAAUUUAGACCAACAUGAAUAAAUAAGCUGGAGAGUUUGUGUUCUGAU